AUGACCCCCAUGACCUCGCCGUGGUGUCCCCUGAGCUCUGAGGGCCCCCUGUCCCCUGCCUUGGUCACACCUCUUGGGGACGGUCCUGACACGGGCGUGGAGGUGCUGGAGGACCCCAACGGGAAGACGUUCACGGUGAGCAGCCGGGUGGAGUUCCGGGUGACCAAGGAGGAGAACGGGGCCGAGGUGACCUGCUCGGUGGACCACGAGUCCCUGCAGAACUCCGAGAGGUCGACCACCGAGAAGCUGCAGGUCCACU